CUUGCCAAGCUGCUCCCAGGCAGAAGCACGGGUCACUUUUCUCCACACUGAGUUGGCCUGCGCGGGCGUUCAGCUGGUUUUCUCCAUCACCUCAAGAAGGCUUUCCUGAUCGAAUUUCUCCAUGGCUUGUAUUGAAAAUGUACUUGGAGGGCACGCCCCGUCACCCCUAGCAGCAGCUGCGGAUGAACGCGGGAACCGGAAGCCGCGCGCCGACGCACCGCUCCAGUGUCCGAGUGCCCUGCUGAAGGAUGAUGCCGAGUCCUGGGGCCACCCUCCCGGCCCGCUGAGACCUCCCUUCAACGUGCUGGGCGAUCUGGCAAGAGAGCAACUGGAGCGCCGGUCGGAGAGAACAGCAUCCUGCAUUCCUGUCGACAGUGUUCUCAAACACCCGUAUGGGCCACCACCUGCUGGGGCGGAAGAGUCCCUAGCAACAGCAGAAGUAAAUAGCUCCGAGGGGCUGGCAGGCCGGAGGCAGAGGGGACAGGAUUCUAUUAAUGUGUCCCAGGAAUUCUCGGGCGGCCCCCCAGCACUAAUGGUUGGGGGGACAAGGGUCAGCAGUGGGGGCCCUGAGAGAGGGGGCAGCAACGCAAGGUUGUAUGUGGCUUUGCCGCGAGGUCAAGGAUUCUUUCCACCCAGGGGCCCGCAAGGAAGAGGCCCUCCACAUAUCCCCACCAUGAGAUCGGGGAUAAUGAUGGAGGUGCCUCUGGGAAAUCCGAGAAUGGCCGGCAAGGAGAGGCUGGCUCACGUCUCUUUCCCACUGGGAGGCCCGCGGCAGCCCGCGGAGAACUGGCCGAGGCCUCUGCCGCUGUCUUCCAGUACCCCGGGUUUACCUUCUUGCGCUACUGCUCAUUGCUUCGUUCCUCCGCGACCUCCGAGUUUCAGCCCGUUUCUCGCUAUGCCAAUCGCUUUCACUCCUCCCCCGAUAUUUGGUCCUCCAUUGCCUUCCUAUUUUGCCGGUUUCCCUUCCUGGGGAGUGCCGGUUCCUGCAUCCUCAAACAGAGAGAACAACUGAGGGCAAAAAAGGAACAACAACAAAAAAAAGCUGGGGAAAGAGGUGAAAGUUACUCAUAUACAUUUUUAUAUUUGAACCCUCCUACCCUCUUACACUCUGUUUAG